AUGGCACACCCUUUCUCGAUGGUCCAGAUGGACAGCGUCUAUGGCGCCGACCUUUCUCGCGCCCCAUUUCGCCGCUAUGAGAACGACCUUCGCUCUGCCGAAAAGAUACUGGUGCAGGACUUCGGGCGCUAUCCGCCCCCCCCUUGGUCGUUCGCCGCCCCCGAAGCCCUCGCCUCCCUCGACCACACCACAUGGAGCCCGUCUCCCAACGGCAUUCACCGUAACCACAUCAACGCCACGUCCCUUGUCUCUGUCCCUGGCUCCCCUUCGGCCAAAGAAAGUCUCCUUUGGGGCGCAUGUUGCCCAUUGCUUGAGAUACAAAGACUGCCGCUUCUCAACAGACAUCACCUUCCCCUUCGUCUGCCUGAACAUCAUCCAGCGUCGCCAGGCCUCUUUCCAAGCUCUCCUUCCAGAUACGGCUAUUCUGUACUAGCGGUUUGCGACGCCGAUAAACGGAUCGUGUACGCUCAGUACAAUUUCCCCGGAUCAUGCCAUGAUGCUCGAGUAUUCAACGCUUCCGGCCUCAUCCAGAACGCCGCACAGCACUUCACCCUGGACCAAACCGAGACUCGCGGUUAG